GUGAAGUCUGAGAGCAAAUGUAACCGGAAGUCUAGUUCCGCAGGCAGCUCAUCAAUGGUUUGGAGGUAGACAUGGCGGCAGCUACAGCACCAGCGGUCCCUGAGCAAACACCUAAAUCAUCGCCACCGGCACUCGUGCCGUUUAACUUUUCUGAGCCCCCGAUUAUCGAAGGCUUCAACCCUUUGCCGAGAGUCAAAGAUGAGACCUUCAAAGAAAAAUUGAUUAGAAAAACAAAGGAGAACCCUUUCGUCCCAAUAGGUUGUUUGGGAACAGCAGGAGCGCUGAUUUAUGGCCUCCGUGCCUUCAAUCAAGGGAAAACCAGGCAGUCCCAGCUGUUGAUGAGGGGACGUAUCUUUGCUCAAGGCUUCACUGUAGUUGCCAUUAUUGUUGGUGUCUUUACCACAGCUGUGAAAUCCAAGUAAUGAAGACGGACCAAUCCCACACCUCUGCCACCGCCUAUUCAACUCGGAAUCAGAACCAGAUCCAACAUGGAAGUGAACUGAUUUUACUGUUUGAAUGAACUGAAUAAUGCAUUCAUGUUUCAAGCAUUGUUCAGAUAUUUAGUUAAUGCCAACACUAUUUAUUGUUUGAAAACUAAAUUGCUCAUGGUGAUAAAAUUUUAAGCUUCAGGCUAGCACUAUGGAACAACAAAGUAUAACCGGCUCCGUACCAGACCAGCAAGCUGGAUUUGACCUUUAUUGCGCUAUAAUAACACUGAAGCAAAAAACGCUGAUAAAUAAUAAAUUAUAUGCUUCUUGUGCUUUAAGGUUAUAUUUCAAAUGUUCCCAUGUAUUGUCACUGAAUAAUCAAUAUAACACCUGAUUAUACAUUUUCAUUUGAA